AUGGCAUUCAAGUUUGUAUUCGCAUUCGCUUUCGUCGCCGCGGCCAGCGCUGGCUAUCUACCCGUUGCUCCUGUCUACCAUGCCGCACCAGCCGUCGCUGUGCACGCAGCACCUGUGGCCGUAGCCCAAAAGGUCGUUGUGAAAUCGGAGGAAUACGAUCCUCAUCCUCAAUACAAAUUCUCUUAUGGCGUUGAUGACAAACUUACCGGUGAUUCCAAGAGCCAAGUGGAGGAGCGUGAUGGUGAUGUGGUUCAUGGUGAAUAUUCCCUCAUUGAUGCUGAUGGUUACAAACGCACUGUUCAGUACUCUGCUGAUCCCAUCAAUGGUUUCAACGCCGUCGUGAACCGUGAACCUCUCGUAAAAGCUGUUGCCGUCGCUCCAGUUGUAAAGACUGUUGCUCCAGUUGCCCACUACGCUGCUCCAGUGGCUCACUAUGCCGCGCCAGUUACUCACUACUCAGCCCCUGCUGUUGUCAAGACUGUUGCCCCCGUAGCUCAUUAUGCUGCCCCAGUGGCUCACUACGCCGCUCCAGCUGCCCAUUACACUUCUUAUGCCGCUCCAGCAGUCGCAACCUACUUCCACGCCGCACCUGCCGUCGCCGUGCACGCAGCACCUGUGGCUGUAGCCCAAAAAGUCGUUGUGAAAUCGGAGGAAUACGAUCCUCAUCCUCAAUACAAAUUCUCUUAUGGCGUUGAUGACAAACUCACCGGUGAUUCCAAGAGCCAAGUGGAGGAACGUGAUGGUGAUGUGGUUCAUGGUGAAUACUCUCUCAUUGAUGCUGAUGGUUACAAACGCACCGUCCAGUACACUUCGGAUCCCGUGAACGGUUUCAACGCCGUCGUGAACCGUGAACCUCUUGUAAAAGCUGUUGCCGUCGCUCCAGUUGUAAAGACCGUUGCCCCAGUUGCCCACUAUGCUGCUCCUGCUGUUCACUACGCUGCUCCAGUUGCUCACUACUCAGCUCCUGCUGUGGUCAAGACUGUUGCCCCCGUAGCUCAUUAUGCUGCCCCAGUGGCUCACUACGCCGCUCCAGCUGCCCAUUAUACUUCUUAUGCCGCUCCAGCAGUCAAUUACCAUCACUAA